GGAAGUUGCUAGAGAGGUCGGCUUCGCGGUUGUCAGGGAGUCGGAGGCGGCUUACUUCCUUUUCCGGAGACUGAAGCACGAGGGUGUUUCUCCAGCGGGAAAAAUGAGGCCUCUGACUGAAGAGGAGACCCGUGUAAUGUUUGAGAAAAUCGCAAAAUACAUCGGCGAGAACCUGCAGUUGCUGGUCGACAGACCUGACGGCACCUACUGUUUCAGGCUGCACAACGACCGGGUGUACUACGUGAGUGAGAAGAUACUCAAGUUGGCCGCCAACAUCGCUGGGGACAAGCUGGUGUCGCUGGGGACCUGCUUCGGAAAGUUCACUAAGACACACAAGUUCCGGCUGCACAUCACGGCGCUGGACUAUCUAGCACCUUAUGCCAAGUAUAAAGUUUGGAUAAAACCUGGAGCAGAGCAGUCCUUCCUUUAUGGGAACCAUGUGUUGAAGUCUGGCUUGGGUCGAAUCACAGAAAAUACUUCUCAGUACCAAGGAGUGGUGGUGUAUUCUAUGGCUGACAUCCCUUUGGGUUUUGGGGUGGCAGCAAAGUCUACACAAGACUGCAGGAAAGUAGACCCCAUGGCGAUUGUGGUAUUUCAUCAAGCAGACAUUGGGGAAUAUGUGCGGCAUGAAGAGACAUUGACUUAAGACGAAAUCGUCGCAAGGACUUAUGGCUAUGUGGAAGGGCCUAGCUUUGUUUCUUGUGUCUGUGUAGUCUCUAUCGUCAUGUUGAGUUCUGUCAGCAUUGUGACUUCUCGGGAACUUCUUAGUUUAAUAUUCUCUUUAUUACAGAUGAAUUCAGGCUGGAUUCUUGUGCUGAAGUGUCUCAAAAAAUGGGAUUUCAGAUCUGUGAUUGUGACUAAAUAGAUUUGUGUCUUGUGUUUGUA